UAAUGGAUGCUUUUGAUUUGGGCAGCCAAAGUGUAAGAAAGGGAAGAAAAAACAAAACAAAACCUUUAAACCCUUUUGAACGGUUGGUUUAUCACUUUACCUUCGGCCGUUCAACUUUCCGGCAGCCGCCAUCAAACCUGAUUGUCGCCGUUCGAGUCGUUCGCCAAUGAGAUUAUGGUUACAAAGCUCUUCCUGAGGCCACAGUCGCUUCCUCUCACUGCCUUUUCCCCGAAAUUCAUCUUCCCCCAUAAGAAUUCUCUCCCGAUAUGCUUCACCUCACCGUUUUCCUCCACCACAGUCCACUCCCAAUCUCAAUUCUCUCACCAAAGCCUCUCCUAUGGACCUUCUCUUUGCAAGGGUAUCCAUCCAUUUCCCUCAGUUUCCAGACAGUCUCCAAUCGAUCAUUCUCCACCUCUUCUCAAGACCCUAACCGGAAAUCUGGAGAGAGAGCAGUUGCAAGACCAGGAAAAUGAAGGAGCUAUAUUGGACGAAGAUGCCUUCACCCGGAUUUUCGACGUUGCUGCACUUCGAGUUCCUUCCAGAGGCUGUUUCGAGCUUGAGAAUCGACUGCGUGGCCAUCUCUUAAACUGGCCGCGGAUUCGCAACAUUGCUAGAGUUCCGGGGGAUGAGGUUGAAGCCGAAAUGUUGGAGCUUGUAGGAGAGCAGAAUUGGAGCAAUUCCGAUGAUGGAGAUGGAACUAGUAUUGAUUUGUUGCACCGAAGAAUUUAUGGGAAAGCUGAGGGUGAUGGGGAGCCUCUGAGUCCCGUGCUGUACAGGGAAAAGCUAGUGAAAACGUUCGAUUCAAAAGGAUAUGUGAACUUCAGACAUUUGGCGAAAAUGUCAAGGCUGAAGAGAAGGAAGGAGAAGAAGGAAGAAGGGAGAGAUGAAAAGAUGAGAAGAAUGGGGAAAAGUGAAUUUGCCAUUGUGGAGGUUGUGGAGAGUGAGGAACUGGAAAUGGAUGAUAUGAAGGGAUUGUUGGGAGAUGGGUUUAAGGGUGGAAAAUGGAGGGGUUCGACUAGAUUGUUGCUUUUGGAUGAACAAUAUGCAGCCAAAGGCGUAGAAGAGCUUCCAGAAGCGAUUAAGGCUCUGCUGAAAGGAGAUACCCAAGAAAGGAUGAAACCGACAAUUGAGCUUGUGAGGUGCAGACUUACUUUAUUUUAUGAUUAUUGGCAGAUGAAUGAGGUUUUGCAGGCUUUGCUUCCAAAGGAUAUGAUUAUUCCUUCAGCGUUUGAAACCGUUGGACACAUUGCACACCUAAACCUCAGAGAUGAACAUCUCUCAUACAAAAAGCUUAUAGCGAAGGUUAUUUUGGAUAAAAAUAAGCCAAAGAUACAAACAGUAGUGAAUAAGAGUGAUGCCAUCAGCAAUGAUUACAGGACAAUGCAACUUGAGGUUUUAGCUGGGAACCACUCCCUUGUGACCACAGUAGUUGAGAAUGGUUUACGAUUUCAUUUGGACUUGGCAACAGUGUAUUGGAAUUCAAGGCUCGCAACUGAGAGACAGAGGCUACUAAGUGUCUUUACCUGCAAUGAUGUUAUUUGUGAUGUCUUUGCUGGAGUUGGUCCAAUAUCAAUAUCUGCUGCAAGAAUAGUAAAGAAAGUAUAUGCCAAUGAUUUGAAUCCGUAUGCAGUUGAGUAUCUGGAAAGAAAUAGUGUUGCCAAUAAACUCGAGAGGAAGAUUGAGGUUUUUAACAUGGAAGGAAGGAGAUUCAUCCGCGCUAUGUUUGCAAGUGAGAAAGCUCCUAAAAUAACACAAGUUGUCAUGAAUUUACCAAAUGAUGCUGCUGAAUAUCUAGAUGCUUUCAAAGGAAUACUAAGAGACCGAUCAGAUAAAGAGUUUACAUUGCCGAUAAUCCAUGUUUAUGGAUUCUCUAAAGCUCGAGAUCCAGAAUUCGACUUUCAUGAGAGGAUAAGAAUUGCAAUAACUGAGGUUGCAGUUGAUGUGAAUGUGCGAAGGGUCCGACUUGUUGCACCAGGAAAAUGGAUGCUAUGUGCUUCAUUUAGACUUCCUAGAAGUGUAGCUUUGUCAAAGCCUUACACUUCACAUGACAUGUAAAUUACAUAAACCAUUUUUCCCCUGAUGUGAUAUGUUCUAUUGUUUACAUAAAUUUACACUCUUUACUUUUGUAAAAAAUUUAGGCUAAAUUAUAGAAACAAAAAAAAACCAUUCCAUGCACACUAUUAAACUUAGGAAUGACCCAUUCCUAAGUUUGAAGAUGAAGAUUUAGAAUAAGAUAGAACAAGCUCUUUUGAA